AAUGCAAACAUUUGUUUAAAGCACCAGAACAAGAUGAGCAGAUCAGAACUGUCCUGACAAAAGGAGUUGCUGGCAUCGGGAAAUCAGUCUCUGUGCAAAAGUUUGUUCUGGAUUGGGCUGAAGGAAGAGAAAAUCAAGACAUCAGCUUCAUAUUUCCUCUUCCAUUCAGAGAGAUGAACUUAAAGGAGAAAAAAAGACAAAGUUUAAAAGACCUCAUAACUCAGUUUUUCCCAGAGACUAAAGGACUGACCCUUACAAGAAGGACACGAUUCAAAGUCCUGUUCAUCCUUGAUGGAUUGGAUGAAUGUCGUCUUCCUCUGAACUUCGCUGGUAAUGAGACGUGUCAUGAUGUAUCUUCAGCAGUCUCUCUGGAUGUUCUCCUGACGAACCUCAUCAAGGGAAAUCUGCUUCCUUCUGCUCUCAUCUGGAUCACCAGCAGACCAGCAGCUGCCAGUAAGAUUCCUGCUCACUGUAUCGACCGGCUGACAGAGAUACGAGGAUUCAAUGAUGUCCAAAAGGAGGAGUACUUCAGAAAGAGACUCACAGAUCAGAAUCAGGCCAGAGAAAUUAUUGAUCACAUUAAACAGUCAAAGAGUCUUUUUAUUAUGUGCCACAUCCCAGUCUUCUGCUGGAUUUCAGCCACUGUUCUCCAGAAUAUUUUGAAGGAGAACAGAAAUACUGAACUGAAACACAGGGCUAAUGCUGAAACACUGCAGGAAUCUGCCAAGACUCUGACACAGAUGUACACACACUUUCUCCGCUUUCAGAUCCAGCAGAGCAGAAGAAAGUAUGAUGGAGAAAACACACCAGAUGUCUCCUGCGAUCCAAACCUCAUCCUUUCACUGGGGAAACUAUCCUUCCAGCAGCUAGAAAGAAACAAUGUGAUCUUCUAUGAGAGCGAUCUGAAAGACUGUGGCAUUGACGUCUAUAAGGCAUCGGUGUACUCAGGCAUGUGUACCCAGAUCUUUAAGGAGGAGACAGGAAUCAUUCUUGGUACCAUGUACUGCUUUCUUCACUUGAGCAUUCAAGAGUUCAUUGCAGCCCUUUAUCAACAUCUGUUUCUAGACAUCAACAAGAAACCUUUACCUAUUUUUAGACAGAAAAGCAAAACUAAAUGUAUGAUUGAUUUGCUGAAGACUGCAGUGGACAAGGCUCUGGAAAGUGACAAUGGACAUCUGGACCUUUACCUUCGCUUCCUUCUCGGUCUGUCACUCCAGUCAAAUCGACAACUCUUACGAGGCCUGUUGACACAGCAGGAUGACAGAGACCAGAGCAAGGAGGAAAUAAUUGCAUACAUCAAGCAGAAACUUGAAGGGAAUCUGUCUCCAGAGAGAUCCAUCAAUCUGUUCUACUGUCUGAAUGAACUGAAUGAUCAAACUCUGCUGAAAGAGAUUCAGUCUCACCUCAGUAGAGGAAGUCUGUCAUCUGCUGACCUUUCACCUGCCCAGUGGUCUGCUCUGGUCUUUGUGUUGUUGACCUCAGAGGAGGAGCUGGAGGAGUUUGAGCUUCAGAAAUUCCAGAGAUCAGACAAGUGUCUCAUCAGACUAUCAGCAGUCAUCAAAUCCUCCAAAAGAGCUCAGCUACAGGGCUGUAAUCUCACUGUUCGGUCCUGUGAGAGUUUGUCUUCAGCUCUACAAUCCUCAAACUGUGUCCUGAGAGAGCUGGACCUGAGUAACAAUGACCUGCAGGAUUCAGGAGUGAAGCUUCUCUCUGAUGGACUGAAGAGUCAACACUGUAAACUGGAGACACUGAGAUUGUCUGGCUGUAUGGUGACAGAGGAAGGCUGUGGUUUUCUGUCUUCAGCUCUGACUUCAAACCCCUCACACCUGAGAGAGCUGGAUCUGAGCUACAAUCAUCCAGGAGAUUCAGGAGUCAAGCUGCUCUCUGAACAACUGGAGGAUCCAAACUACACACUGGACAAACUCAAUCUGGAUCAUGGAGGAGACACGAGGAUAACAGCAGGACCAUGCAAAUAUGUCUGUUUCCUCACACUGGAUCCAAACACAGCACACACUUGUCUCAUUCUGUCCGAGGAGAACAGAGAGGUGAAGAGUGUGUUAGAAAACCUGCCGUAUCCUGAUCAUCCAAACAGAUUUAAUUAUUGGCCUCAGGUGUUGUGCAGAGAGAGUGUGUGUGGACGCUGCUACUGGGAGACUGACAGGAGUGGAGAUGGUGCUGUGUGUAUAUCAGUGUCAUAUAAGAGCAUCAGCAGGAAGGGAGCAGGUAUUGAGUGUGUGUUUGGAUCUAAUGCUCAGUCCUGGAGUUUGUUCUGCUCUUCCUCCAGUUUCUCAUUCUCACACAAUCACACACACACUGAUCUCCCAGUGAAGCCGCUCAGCAGUAGAAUAGGAGUGUUUGUGGAUCACAGUGCAGGAACUCUGAUCUUUUACAACAUCUAUAGAGACACAAUAAGCCUCAUCCACUCAGUCCAGACCACAUUCACUGAGCCGCUCUGGCCUGGGUUUAUAGUUUAUCCUGGAUCAUCAGUGAAACUGAGCUGAAGACUGACGAGAGAUUUACCCAGAAUCCUCUGCAGGAGCAGUCAGCAGCUGUGUGUGUGUGCACAUGUGGUCACUAGUGUGUGUGUGUGUGUGUGUGUGUGUGAGAGAGUGUGCACAUGUGGUCACUAGUGUGUGUGUGUGUGCGCGCGUGUGUGUGUUCACUGCUGUGUGUGUGUGAGGGUGUGCACAUGUGGUCACGUGUGUGUGUGUGUGUGUGUGUGU